AGCCGGGCUCUGAACAGUCCUCAAAGUGGUGACGAUGAGAACGAUCUGGCUCCUUGCUGCAGUCCAGCAACUGCUGGUGUCCAGCGAGGAGUCAUGCGCAGAGGAGCCGAGCGCCUGUGCCAGUGGCUUCGCCGAGCUUCUGGCUGAGGAGGACGAUGCGUCACUACACCUGCUGCAGAGAAGAGAACGGCAACGGGCGCAGGAGUUUCGGCUCGCUCAGGCAGAAGCUGAGAAGAAGUCCUGGCCACCGCCUCCAUUUGACUUUGAGGAUGCCGGUGUGCGCUACAGCGCCUUUUUGGAGGAUCAUGAAGAUACGCCUCCGCCACUGACGCCGAUGGUCUUGCCGCCCACGUCGAAGCGGCGCAAGUCGCUGGAUCUGCACUUCAACGCCGUCAUCGCCAGCUGCGGAUCGAAGCUCAGCGAUCCCGCCAGGUGCAACAAGGCCGUGGUGAAAUCAGCUGAGUCCGUCUUUGUACAGCUUCAUGUCGAGGCGCGCAUGGACGAAAAGGUGCCUCCCUUGAGCAAGGAGGAGACCUCGGAGUUUCGUGAUCGCUUCAAAGAGUUGGUCGUUGGGGACUCCAAGCGAGUGGUCACCAAGAAGAGCCGUUCUGAGCAGUACUCCGGCUGGAAGAAUCUGGUUCAGAGUGGCUACAUGGCCAUGAGACCAGUGGUGCCGGAAUCUCUGGCCAAGACGGUGAACAAGAUGAGCAGCAGUGGAGAAUCGACCUGGACCGCCGCCUACGAUUCCUCCUUCGUGAAGGUCUCUGUGGCCAAGGGCAAGAGCAAGCUUGGCUUCGAAAUGAGCAAGGAGGAGGAAGAGGAGAUGAAGAAUCAUACCUUGAGCAUGCUGCAGCAAGAUCUCUCCCAGUUCAGCCAAGAGGAGCUCAGUCGAAGUGCCUUUGACGAGGAGUUCGACGUACGAGAGAACUGGCCCGAGUGUAAGCCCAUCACCAGCCAUGUUCGGUACCAGACCUGUAACAACUGUUGGAGCCACGCCACAGCACUGAUCACUGAAAGCCGACUCUGCAUUCAGAGCAGGGGGCAGUUCAAUGGAGACAAUGCCUGGCUGAGCCAGUCCUUCAUUGCCGCCUGCAGGCUUGAUGGGCGUGACUACUGCAUGGGAGGUUCUGGGUUGUUGGGCUUCAAGACUGUUUCAAGGUGGGGCGUGCCCACCGGAGGGCCCGACUUCCGUGGCAACAUGAAGGCUGGCGUCGAGACCUGCUAUCCACAGAUCCUUCCGCACGAUCGCGGCAUCCAUUGCCCUGGCGCCUGCUCGCCAUACGUGGAAUAUCCCAGGACCUUGGACCGAGACCUUUUCUUUGUUCAGUAUGAACCCCGUGCUCUUCAUCCUGUGGGAGAUCAAGUUCAUUACCUGGUGAAGCAGGCGUUGAUGCAAGAUGGGCCGAUUUUGCUGGGCAUGAGGAUCUACCAGGACUUCUAUGCCUAUGAGUCAGGCAUCUAUCAGCCAACAAGAAAGAGCUGGAAUCUCUACAUGGGUGGCCAUGCCGUGACAGGCAUGGGCUUUGGGCCUGGCUACGUGCUGGCGGUCAACUCAUGGAGUACCUCCUGGGGCAUCAAUGGAGCCUUUAAGGUGGCACCCCAAGCCGUCGACUUCGGAUUCUUCCUGCCGGGGCGACCAUUGGGGACGUUUGCUGGAUCCUCAUAUCCGAUGCCCUUGCCCAGAUAGAUCAAACUCAAUAGCGAGAGACCGAGGGACGUGAGGACGU